GCGGGUGAGUUGGCCAAUUCGCUUCAAAAUCGGCAUAUUACACCCCGCAUGCCGAUGGUGCAGUGUCCGCCUCGCAUGUGAUGCGCUGUUGCCCUUCUGGCAACUGCCGUUGCGAUCCUGCAAAGGCCUUGCCACUGGUUUGCGACCUCAGUGACCGGGUUGAGGUCCAAAGACUCGAACUUCUCCAAUUGCGAGACAGGUUGCAUCGGUUGCCUCCAGCCUCUCCAGAGCUAGCAGCUUUGGCCAGCGAAGGUGGCACAUUGGAGCAACGCACUCGUGAAGGUGCCGCGCUGGUGGCAAAGCUGCGCACAGAGACGGCCUCCUUGGAAUGGUCGGCGAGCGCUGCCGAGCAGCAAAAGAACCGGCUUCAACAUGAGCGUCGAACACUCUUGCAGCGCCUCGGGGAUUUGGAGGCCUCAGAGAAAGCUUUGCGGCAAGUGGCCCAGGACACGGAGGAGCAACUCCAAGCCGAGCGGCGUCAGGCGGAAGAACGUGCCUUUGGCCAGGAGACUGCGCUGAGUGCUGUGGCGCAGCGGGCCACGGCGGCAGAGCAGCGCUGGGCGACAGCCAAGACCUUGGCAGCGCGGCUGCGGGGUGGCACGACAGAGGCCGAGGCUGCUGCAGCUAGCGCGUUGAGAGCCUCGGCGCGAGAGGCAGAGCGCGAUGGACGAGUGGUGCGGGAGUUGCAGAGGCGCCUGGAGCGGCAAAAACGGGAAGCUUUGAAAGCUGAGGACCUUCGAGAGAAAGAAGCAGAAGAGAGGAAGAGGUUACAAGCCCUGCAGGAAACCUCGGAGCCAUUGAAAGACUUGGAGGCAGAGUUGCAGCAGUGUGAGAAGAUGCGAUGGGCAGAGAGCAAGUUAGCAGCACGCUUGGAAGAGAGUCGAGCUCGAAGUGGAGAAAUCGAAAAGAAGGCGAUGAACGUUGCGCAAGAGCUGGCCAAUUCCUCCAAAGUCAUCGCGUGGCUUCAAGCGGAGGUGGCCGCCCAGCAGGAGGACCAGGCAGAACUGGAAGAGGUCAACAGGCACAACGAGUGGCUCCGCCAGCAGCUGGAGAUGAAACCCUUAGAGACGCCUACACCUUCGGAGGAUGUUCGGGCGCACGAGAGCCGCAAGGCCACAGUGGUGAGUGAAGCAUUGCAGGUGGCUUGGGAAGGUGAAACAAGAGAGCAUCGCAAUGCGCAGCUGAAACUGCAGAAUCUCCAAGAACUCUUGACUCCUUCGCGUCAACAGCUCCUGCGCCUGGCCGAGCUCCUCAAUCAACGGCAGGGCUGUGCGCAAUCCGACUUGGUGCGACGCUUACGGGAGAGGCUGUCAGUGGAUACAGUUCAGCAACUGGUAGCUGAGGUGGAGAGCUUCGUCAUGGAGAUGCUCCGCUCCGAUGAGCGAGCCGACCAGUCCCCGCUGCCGCGCGACCGUCGCGAGGCGCCGGCUCAGGCGGCUCAGGCGGCACGGGACCGUCGCGAGGCACGGAAGGCGCCGGUCGCCUGGCGGCCUGAGAUGUCGCCCCUUCCACUGGACGACGGCAGAGCAAGUCUUGUGCAUCGAGAGUGGCCGUCGCCAAGUCGAUUGCGCAAUCGAGAGCCUUUCAAUCUGAAAGGACAUGCAAAGGAGCGUCGGCCUGGUACGGUGGGGCCUUUGUAUCAUUUAGAUCCCAGACAGGUUCAGUCUUUGGAGCCUUCACCAGCACGUGGGCGGCGCAUCGAUCGGAUCGAUCUCGAUUUGGAGGAGCGCUUCGAUGAAUACUCUGUGCACCGUCCACGGACCCGCAAAGCGGGUCGACCGGACCAAGGCUAAUGUUCUCGACCAUUCUUGGUACCUUCUUGCUCCUAGUAGCUUCUUGCUCCUAGUAGUAAGGCCAGGAGCCCCUAGUAGCGUCCUGUUGGUACCUUCGCCAUGUCUCGAGUCUCGACUGAUCUGUGGCGAAUGUAUGUCUCAUGGCCAAUGCA